AAGGCGAAAAGUUUUCAGCAUCUUUGUAGUGAAGCUGUUUGUUUGCGGAAAAAUCUAACUUGAAGGAGGAAUACGACUGGAACUCGUCUAGUUCGUGCGAGGACGGCCAACAUGGAAAGCUGGCGCCGAUCUCGGCCGGAUGACGAACCAAGUACGACCGACUGGCGCAGUGGUUCCGGAACUGGCGGUGGGGCAACGAACUGUCGACGAGUCUGUCCGGGUCUAGCUUGCGGGACAAGUGGUCCAGGUCAACGAGUUGGCGCGAAGAGGAGAGUGUCAUAGGCGAUGGGCCUGGAGGGCGGCCACUGCAUUCGUCGUCAGCGGGCGGUGGCUACAAUCCUCGGAUGUCGGCUCUGAGUGGCGGAGAUCUCAACACGAGUGAAGGACCGGAAGGUGGCCUACGGCGUCACUGGGACGCCGAUGAUCAACUGCCGGAGUGGGCCACGGAGAACCCGUCGGAUUACGGAGGUAGCUUCGACGCGAGUGGACCAUUCCAUGACUCGGACAACGGCAUUGACGGGCGGCUGGAGGACGAUGGCGGGAUGGAGAAUCACGUGGAUCAUCGCUAUCACCAUCAACGCAAGGAAGGUGUGUUCGGUGGCAGUUCACGAAGAAGCGCCCCAUCGUCCAAGGAAGGUAGUGCCGCGAAGGAAGACUUGCCCAACCAUGCUGCGUUGUCGGCGAAAGCCUCGGAAGAGGUGGACCCCGGCAGCAGAAAGAAGUCUGAACCGGUACGGAACGCUACGGCGGAUGAAAAGCCUCCAAAAUCCAGCGAAUCGGAAUCCCGGCGUCCGAGAUGGCGUUCCCGGCGUCCCGCAACUGCUGCAACUAUUCCCGGUCGCCGACAGGAUCCCGUGGUUUCUUCAAAAACAUCUUGAGCUGAAAAGUGGGACGAGUUGGCAAGGUUGCGAACCCGUUCCCGGUGUUGAAUGACCAGAUCCAAUGAGUGACCGAUCCGGAAGAGCGACGAGGAGUGCUUUUGUAAAAACGUGAGUAUUGGGAGGGUGGUUAUUUUUUUGCUUGGAAACUUUUACAUCGCAGCAACACUCAAUUUUCAUUGUGGAUCAUUGCGAUAUAAAUCUGAUUAGAUUUUUACUCGAUGUUGUUUUUAGGCGUAUUUCCACCGUGGAUUAUGGGGAGCUGCUCGUUAGCGCUCAAGGUCAACCUUCGAAAGCAGCAGCAGAUCCGGCA